AUGCGAAUGGACAGGCAGAGUAAAGAGAAGGUAAUAGGGGAAAUGAGCGCUUUCACAGAAAGAGCCAUUAUUACAAGGAAAUGCACCUGUGCACUUGUAAAUGUGUUAAAAGAAAUGAGAGACACUGAGUUCACUGAACUGGAAAUAGAUACAGUUAUAUCUAGACUGCUGCACUCUUUUCAGACAAGAGAUGUAUACCUUAAAACACUGUCAUAUGCCUUCAUUAGGAAUGUGGCAGGCCUUUCUUCUGGGGCAUUUGUGGCAAUUAACGCCUUAAUAAAUAACAUAGCAAAGAAAGACGGGCUAAGAGCAGAAGCCAUGAAACUUCUUUUACAAAUAACGCCAGAGCAGAUGCUGGACGACUGUUCUAAGUAUGUGCAGCAGGCUCUUAUUGAAACAGAGUAUGGAACACUAAAUAUGAUCGUUCCUGUUCUUUUAUUUCUUUCAAACCAGUCGCUUAGUGAGUGGUUCAGUGGAUGCAGCUGGAUAAAUGGGUUAAAAGCAAAUGGCCCUCUGGGAAAUGCUAUCCUUUUUGUUGGCAAAGUACGGCCACAGGACAGCCGAGAAGUAAUUGGGGUUUUGAAGAACGUAUCUGCAAAAGGCAUUACUUCUGUUCAGAUUGUUAGGUAUCUGUCAAAGCACUUGUCAAAUCCAUUGGCAGUUAAGCUUUUUUCGCAAUAUUUAGUAUUAGAUGAAAAUAGCAUGGCUUCUUUUAUUGAAGCGCUGAGGCAUGUGCAUUUGCUUCCUAGUGCAACUAGUCUUCUGGACGGGGCAGUAAAGGGCUUGAAAAGACUACUGCAGUCAAACAGCACUGUAAUAAAAAUUGCUGCUUUACGAACGGUAGACAUGCUAUGUGGCCAGUACCGGCAGAAAUUGCUCCCACUUAGAGAAAUUAUAGAGGGCAUGCUUACAAACAGCAGCAGUGUAGCGCUUCUUGCUAUGGGGAUUCUUUUAAAAAUAGGAACUGAAAAGACUGCAAGUAAAAUUGCUAAAACGCUUCCAAUGCUGCUAUCUGAACUGGGCGAAGCACAGAAAAUUUCUAUUGUUGAGUCGGUUACUGGGAUGUGCGACAGGUUCAAGGGGACUUCUUGGGACGAGUUGUUUAAAAAGGCGCUUAAUGCACCAGGAAGCUGUAACUAUAAGGUGAAGAUUAUUCACAAUAUUGCAAAGGUGCAGAGAAUAACAGAAGACAAAGAGUUAAAAAAGUCUUUGGAGGGAAUACUUUCUGGGUAUGUUGAGGACUCAUCAUAUCCUAGGGUCACUGUAGAAAUACUAGGAGCACUAAUAGACACACAGACCCAGGAGCAUUCUGUUUCUUUGCUGAAUAGAAUUAUACUGGAUGGAGAAAACGUGCAGCCAGCAGUAAAUCUUUCACUGGCUGUCACAGAUAAACAGAACCCAAUGCACAUUCUGUUUUCAGAUGGCUGCAGUACCGAUGUUUUGAAAGAGAAGAGUGAAAUUAACCAAAUGGUAAUUGACCGAUUAGAAGAGGAUGCUGAUAUUUUCGUUACAAAGAAAGAAGAAAGCCAGUUAGAAUCAAAGUUCAACUCCACCCAGCUGCAGGCUUCAUGCAGAAUAGAGCUAAACAGAAGUGAGAGCGAAUUUGGAAUUUCUGUUGUUAAAAACACGUUUUCUGACUUUAUAGUUCUUCAGUACAGAAUAACAAGCAAAAUUGACUUAGUGUUGGAAGAAGGCCGUCUAAGAGUGUUCCUAGAGGAUAAGUGCAUUAGUGAAGAGAUGAUUUAUCUCCGAGGAAGGCAGUCUACUGAGGUUGACAUAAAGAUACCAAUUUCUGACUACAAGUCGCUCUGUGGGACAGAGAUAAUAAGUACAUUUGGAUAUUCAGUGUAUGACAACAGGGACUAUGAAGUUGGAGAGGUUCGGCUAAACAACUUUGAAAUAUCUAUAACAGAUUUCAUUUCUCCUGGAAUAGACAUCCCAGAAGAAGAAGUAGACAGCUCGCCAUUAGUCAAGGAGUAUAAGUUUAGCAUGGGCAAGAAUGAGGUCAUCAAAGAGCUAAAAAACAUAUUUAAGAUGGAAGUGGAGGAAAGUGACAGUGCGCUAGAAUGGAAAGGAAUCUUUAUGUAUACAAAGCAGCCUAUACUGGUCAAAGCCAUUAUAAAAGAAAAGGGGCCUUCUACAAAAGCCACAGUGAAGAUAUUUUGCAAGUCAGAAGAUGUAAAGUCUUUACUGAUUGAUUUAAUUAACUAG